AUAUUACAGACUUUCCUUACAAUGAAAUCAAGCAAAACGAAUGAAAAUUGUUUUUAUAUUAUGCUUAUAAUAUAGAACUAUAAGCAAAGAAGUUUAUUUUUUUAAAAAGUUUAUAAAGAAUUAAAGAUGUCACACGGAUAUAUCAUGUAUAUUGGUGUAAAUCAAACUGAAUAACAUAACGUCAUAAGUUAACAAUGAUUGUGACAAAAUGACCGUGGACGAAACAAUCUGUGAUCAAAAUACCCAUAGCCUAGGAAAAAAAAACCUGUCUUCCUGAGUUCCUCCUCUCUUCGUGGCUUAGGCAACGUCUCGGGCGUCUGUGUUCAGUAUGUUCAAGAUUAGAAAUAAGCUAAAAAAUGCGAAAGAAAUGGGUAAAUCCCCUAGAGGAAUCUCAGCUUUGGGUAAAAAAAGAUCCACCAGGAUUUGAAAUUGAUGUUUUUGAAAACAAAGGAAGAGGAAUUAGGACCACUGUGUCCAGACAAAGGGGAGACUUUUUGCUUGUGUAUGCAGGUCAGCUUUUAUCCAAAAAGGAGGGUGAGAGAAGAGAGAAAAAAAAAUCAUCAGGAUACAGAUAUUUUUACAGAGAUUUAUGCAUUGAUGCAACAAAAGAAGAUGGAAGACUAUGUAGACUCGUCAACCAUGGAACGAAAACAGAAAUAAAUUGCAAAAUGAAACUUUAUAGGGAUUGCCUUUGCCUUUUUGCUACAAGAGACAUGAAGCAGGGAGAAGAACUUUUGUAUGAUUAUGGCCUAAACUCAUACCCAUGGAAAUCCAAUUUAAAUUCAAGGGGCAAAAGUUCAGGUGAGUAAAACAACAUUUUAGAUAAUUAUUUUCUUUCUUAUGUAAAACACUUUUAUUUUUCUUUGUAAUAAUAAUUUAAGGUUAUAAUGACUUCCUUUUUUUUGUUCUAAUUUUUGGACUUUAUUAAGACUUUUUCAUUUUUUUGUUACUUUGUUAUGUUUUACCAGUAAGUUUCAGGAAUAAUAUGCAAGGUAUUUUGUUAAAGCUGUCUGUAUUGGUAGGUUAUGAAAUUUUUUAGGCAAAUUAACAUGUAUAAUUAAUUGUAUUGCUGAAAUUUCUAACAUUGGUAUAUA